CAGACACAGACAGACGCAAUGGAUGAGUUUGAGUCCAUCGGACGAGACACAGACAAAGAGAGCCAGCAACACACAUGAUUGAGUGACUGCUGAUGAAUCAGGCUGCACAACACUUCACGGAAAUGACCCACAUAGCAGACAUCUCUUUCUCUUAUCCUGCCUUGGCGCUGAGGUCGGCAUGGCGCCUGCAGCGACACAAGGCGCAAGAGUGCCGAAGAAAGUGUGUCUCGUCUCGCCAAGCGUACGUACCAUGAACAGGUGGUGCAGCGGGGCAGACAAUGCACGGCUGAGGAGUCGGUGAUGUGGGGAGGCUCGUUGUUCCCAAAGCGACCGUCUCGUCUCUGUUCUCCGGCUGCUCGGGCGGCCAGUGUCUCGUCAAAUAUCGCGGGCUGGUGAAUCUCCCUUUCUUGUGCAGCAUGGAGCCAAGACGGCUGCCGAUGACGGUGCUCUCGUACCUCGGCAGCCGUGAAAUGUCACCGUCCGCCCAUAUGUCAAACACUUUCAUGCGCUCACUUUGGACGUCAGUCCAGUACCAGCCUCGCGAUUCCUUCAGUGACUCCCCGUCGCUCUCCGUCGUCGUGCGCUCCUCGAUCCCUCUAAUGCCUCUCUGCUGGCUGACGGCCUUCGUGGGGCUUGACGGCGGUGUCGGCCUCUUGAUAGCGUCGCCCUUGUCACUCGUUUGGAUGGCCUCCUUGGGUGACCCAGGUCCUCUAGAGGGAGGGGCAGGGGACGAGAUUCCGCUCAAUGGAUGGACAGGUGAAUCCCCCGUGUGAUCCGUCUCAGUAUCCUCCCUGCAGCUGCCGGCGGCUUUUUUGCACCAAGGGGGCGAAAGAGCCGAGGGGUGGGGUGUGGAUGGGGCGCCAGGCCUUUCCAAUGCGUCGCAGAGCGCCCUAACGGCAUUGCAUAGGGCGGUCACUCUCAUCUGGUAGUCUGCAUGAUCGACGCUCGCGGCUGCAGCGACACGAGGCGCAGUAAGGGCGUCCCGUGGGCUGAUGUCGUCAUGUUCUGUGCCAUAAGAGUACGUCUCAGCCGCCUCCCGUUGCUGCGCAUCGCCAUCUUGCCCAUCAUACGGUGGUGGGUCUGCACAAGGUCUUGUCCGGUGCCUCAGGAGGGCCUGCUUCAGCGCUGAGGUGUCGAAAUCCUCACAUCGCAACACCGAUCGCAUCUCCAUGUUGUCGGUCUGUCGUGUCCUCGCCUGUGGAGAGUCCCCCCAGCCGAACCGUGGCAGUGACGCAUCAACAGCGGAAAGGGGAGACGGCCGACCGCGGAAUGUGAAGACAGGACUGUCCGUGCGGGACUUUGCAUUGAGCGUGGGGCUCGCUGUUGCUUCGUUGGAGGGCCGUGCAGCAGACUGAGUUGCCAACCUCGCCUUGGUUGCUGGUGUGCGGGCGGUAUGAUCCGCUCUCGAUGACAGAGUGGUCUUGUUGAGCCUCUUGAGCCGUCUGUUGAGCCGGUCGACAGCAGUGAGUGUCGCAGCCAGCUUGCGAGCCUCAGAAGGGAACACUUGCUCAGUGAAGCUCUUGCACAUCCGCAUCGUGUCUCCCAGGAUUUUGGCCCGAAGGCUCUUGGCUUCCCUCAGGACGCCCUUGGGAGCUGGUGCCCUCAGAUACUGACCGCUACUUCUGACGGAGGCGGCUGCUGUUGCACUGUUGGGCCGGAUAGUGCUGGCUGUGGACUUUGUCCUGGUCGGCUUCGCCCUUCGUGCCACAUUGGCUUUGGUCGAUGGUAGGCUUGUACGGGACGGCGCAGAAGGCACUGGCACCUGUCCACAGCGACAAAAGGAUGCAAAGCGAAGGCCCUCCUUUGGCAGAGUUCAUUUACCUGAGAGAAGAGCGAUGCCUUGAGAGGCUCCGCACGAUACGGCGGCACCAGCAGCGACGGCAUCUUGUACUCUGGAAAGUUCCACAUGGACAAGCUGCUCAGCCUCUCAAAGAAGCGAUCCUCAUCAACAGAACUCAUUGGCAGGACGGCAGAAGAUGCUGGCACCUCAUUGUCUGUCUUGGCUCCACCCAUGACGUCCUCCGGGCUUGAGGGCCGCGACUCAGCAGCCAAACCCAUCGGCACCGGCUCUGGAACAUUGGUGUCGCCCUUCUUCACCUUGCCCUUCCUUCUCGCGCCUGCCGAGGCUGACGACGAUGGCAAAGGCAGCUUCUUCAGAGCUGCGCCGGCGGGUGGCCUCUGCUGAUCGGAGGCAAGUCCUCUGGCGGUGGGCGCCGAUGACCGGCUCCUCCUUCGCAUAAGCGUUUCGGGCUCAGUCGUGUCCCCUUUUCUCUCGGUGCUGGCAGUCGAUCUGUCGGCAAUGGACGGCCCUGCUGCAGCCGACGUGGGAUCCUUCCUUUCAGCCUGUUGUUCCACGGCAAGUGGGCCCGUCGGUGAAGGGAGGAGAUCUAGAAGGAGGGGAACAGGUAGCCUGAGCUGAGAAACUGGUGGGGGCUUCCCAGCUGGUCCACUGACGUCUGCUGUCGACGUCACUCGAUGAGGCGGAGCAGAGGGAGACCGGCGGACAUGCAAACUGAAAUCGGGAGAGAGAGAGCCAUUGCAGUUGGGUGAAGGGCCUUGUGGCACCCUCACCUUUUGAUCGUUGGUUGCGCUGGGGCACCGGGAUGCGGCGGUGGUCUUCGGCCCUUCCUCAUUCCUCUGAGACGCGGUGAGACAAACUCCCGGCCCCGACGGGCCUUGCCUUUGCAGAUGCGUCGCUAAGUCUAUACCAAGCGCCGGCCGUACAAAUGAAUGCCCG